AUGUCAAAGCCACACCCAAUCGGGUCGGCUGCCGAUCCUAGUGCGGAGCAGUAUCGCAGCUUUCGUAUGGAUGUACAACAGCAGCCUCAAAUUUCGGCAUAUGCACCCUCGAUAGCCUAUACUGGGAAUGCGAAUUCUACUUCUCAUCAGUCUGGGUUCCCUCCAUCCCAGCCACCCCAGCCGCAGUGGCAACUCGGAGGACCUCACGCCAAACCAAGUCAUGUCUCUCUGGCUUCGUCCACUCAUUAUACCCUGCCGGGUUUGUCUCAACCCCUCUAUAGCUCCAAUACUACUGCUCAGACUGGUGGACAGCAUCCAGGAGAGCUUCCAUUGAGUACCACACAAUCAUCCUUUCCUUCUCAUCCGGGAAAUGUCUACAGCGGCAAUCAGAUGGAAAUGCAACACUCCCAUGGCCUAGUCCCUGCGCAGUCCCAUGCCAAUACGAAUCAAGCCACUAAUAUACCAGGUCAUUCUUUGUCCCAAUCUCACUCCCAGCAAAGCAUGGGGUUCCAACACGACCAACACGGCGGUCUUGGGGCUGGAUCUCAAGUACAGCCUCCCUUACAUGAAUACGGUACUCGGCGGUCAAGUACUCAAAGCUCUUAUCAGAAUAACACUAUUUUACAAACGCAGCCUGGACCUGGCUUCAACUCGAUGGUCUUUCCCACCGCACCAAGCGCCCAUGGUAGCGCCCAAUAUUUUCAGAACCCUAUUGUCCAGGCGGGUGUGCAUCAUUACCUUCCCCACCAACCGCAGAGUAGCAUGCAUAACGGUACGACCAACCACCGUGGAUCGAAUUAUCAUCCACAAACCAGUCAACUACCUCCUCAUCAAGAUCAAUGGACCACCUCAGCAAGCGCCUCCCGCAUAGCAGCCUCUGAUAUCCAGUUUGUGAGCGGUCCUUGGGCGUCUUCAACGCCACCAACCUCUGGCCCACCCCAGCAGCCUCAUUAUGAUUGA